UGAAGCCAGGAGCCAGGAGCUUCUUCCAGGUCUCCCACAUGGGUGCAGGGGCCCGAGUGCUUGGGCCAUCUUCUACUGCUUUCACAAGCCAUAGCAGAGAGCUGGAUCGGAACUUGAGUAGUCGAGACUUGGACCAGCGACCAUAUGGGAUGCUGGCACUACAGGCAGCGGCUUUACCCACUGUGGCACAGUGCUGGCCCCUGAUAGUUUCUUCAUCUCUUAAUUUUGGUCUACUCAUCUGUUUAGAGACAGCAGGAAAAAAAACUCACACAAAGGGUUGUUCUGAGACUUAAAUGAGAUUCACCUGAAGUGUUUAGCAUACUGCUGAGCAUAACAGGCUCUGAGUAACAAACAGUAAGUUAUUAGAUUUGUGGAUUAGUUUGGGGGAAAGUCGACAUUAUAAAAUAUUACUGAUUUUUUUCCAUCUAGGGACUUAUCUUUUACUGAUAUUUUUCAUAGUAUUUUACAGUUUUUCUAUAAGUUUAGUAUCUUUCUUGUUGAGUUUAUUCAUCUGCGUUUGUGCGUGAGUGUGUGUGUGUGUUAAGUGUGAGAAAGCAAAGUUAUCAAGUUCCCACGCCUUAUGCCUCUUAUCUGUGUGCCUCUAUGGCACCAGUGUCAUGGCAACCAGCAGGCCCACCUGCUUGGCUAGCUGCCCACACGGCUGUUGUGUGACUGCCUGGCUCUGGGCCAUUGUCUGUAAGCCCAUAUAAGCAGCGCGGGGGCGGGGGGCCAUGGUGAGUCGCGGCUGCCUGUGGCUGGAUGUGAACAUGCAGACACGACUAUGUGUGUGUGGGUGACUGUAUGCGGCUGUGUGUGGAUGUAUGCAGGUGUCUCUGUGUGUGUCUACCUGCUGCCACGGACACAAAGGCGGACAUCUCCCGUGGCCCCAGUGCCGUUGGGGGCAGUGGCUGUUCCUUGUGCAUUUCUCACUGCCACUGUGCGUAAAGGAAAUGAAAACCCACAAGCAGCUCCAGGGUGUUGUCUGACCUGCUAGAGUCUGAAUCUGCUUGUCCUGGGCCCUAAGCUGCAGGUGUGUAGGGUAUGUGCACGUUCUGUUGUUGCUCUUUUUUGUGUACUUUUUUUUUUUUUUUUGCCUUAUAUACUUUUUAUUUGGGAAACAAAAUGUUCCCUUGUGACUGUGAAUACAAGUCUAGCAGCCUAAGAUAACUGCUUAACUUUCCAAGUCUCAUGGCCUCAUCUUGGUGAGGACAACAGUGUUAAACAUCUCCUGGCGUUUGAAUGAGUGCAAAGUGCUGAGCUCCAAGGCUAGCCCUUGCGAGCCACCAGGGACUGCUAGCUGUUCUUACCAGCAGCUGAUACAGGUUUGCAAGUUGGAAGGAAAGACCUUGGCUGGGCAGGACUCACUUGGUUCUCUUUGCUUCUUCUUUCAGCCCCUGCUCCUCCUUGAGAGGGAGCCCAGGUGACAGCAGCCAUGCUCCUGAAAGCCCAGCUGUGGAUCCCUCAGGAGCUGGUGACCUUCGAGGACGUGGCCGUGUACUUCAGCCAGACAGAGUGGGCUGACCUUUCUCCAGCUCAGAGGGCGCUGUACCGGGAGGUGAUGCUGACGAAUUACAGGAAUUUGACUUCCUUGGGGUACCCAGUUUGCAAACUUUCCCUGAUCUCGCUUCUGGAAAGAGGGGAGUUGCCGAGGGACCUGGAGGCAAAGGAUGACGCCCCUGCAGGGAGGACAAGAGACAGCCUCAAAGGUGCAGAGACCAGCACCGCCAAGAGGGCCACAUCAACACAUGGAAUUUUUGAGGAAAGAGGCCUCACAGUGGCACACGGGCUGCCAAUAAGCACGUCUCAGGCAACUGACUUUCCAGGGACAAGUGAAGUGGGCCAGCACCGGCAAGUCCCCCCGGUGAAAAAUACUGAAAGAAAGGGGGAGAAAGUCCACUCUGCAAGGAAGCCCUUCAAAUGCGAGGAGUGUGGGAAAUCCUUCAGCUUUUUUUCUUACUACAUUAGACACCAGAGAAUCCACACUGGCGAGAAGCCCUAUCAGUGCGAGGCCUGUGGGAAGGCCUUUAGUAACAGCGCAAAUCUGACCAGGCAUCAGAGGGUCCACAAUGGGGACAGGCCUUACCUCUGCAAGCAGUGUGGCGACGGCUUCCCCGGUAGUUCUCAGCUGGUUAUACAUCAGAGGAUCCACACUGGGGAGAAACCCUACAAGUGUAGUGAGUGUGGAAGAGCCUUCGUUGUUACAUCCAGAGUAAGCAGGCAUCAGAGAACCCACAGCAGAGAGAAGCCUAAACCCUACGCAUGUAGCAAGUGCAGGAGGACCUUUAGGACGUGCUCCCGGCUGCAGCGUCACCAGGACGCCCACUCAGGAGAGAAGCCUGUGCUGGACCUGGCCUAUUUGGGACUCCCGGCAUUUUUUACCCCAUUUGCCUGGUAACGUCUCUCUGGGAAAUCACGGUCCCCACCUUACUGUUCUUGUGGUUUAGUUCAGGCUCUGUUCUGCCUCGCAAGGGUGGAGUGUGCGACCCGGACUGGUGCAUCUGCCCUCCUCCUUCUGCAGUAGUUCAUCCAGUGAGAAUGAGCUCUGUGACCAUGCAGUUUCCUGCUUCUCUUGGAUGUUAAAUUUGAUAGCACAGGAAGGCUGAGAAGAUAGUCGAACUAUAAGUGGCAGAGAUGGAGAGAGCUAAACCCACCUCUGGAUUUUUCACUGAGAUGAAUCAAUAAAUUCUGGGGCCGG